AUGAUGGCGCUUGGUUGGAGCGUCACCUUCCUCGGCGUGUGCUUGACGGCCGGGCAGGUUACAGGAGAUGACGAGCUCGCUGCCUACCACAAGCUUCGCUCAUCGUUCCUCCAGAAGGAGGACAUGCUGAUGAACGGAGCCAGCCUCAGGCUCAACAAGGUCGAAGAAGAAUUCGAUCGUUGGUUGACAUCCACAGUUGGCAGCCUCAUCCAACAGUACAAGAAGGAGCGACUGCAGGAGCGCUUCGUUCCGGCGACCUAUUUUCCGAAAGUCCGGUCCCACAUAGAGAACACCACGCUGUACAAAGUCCUGCGGAAGAUGCCGAAGGGCGGUGCCCUGCACAUACACUUCUCCUCCGCUACAUCCCUGGAGUGGAUCGUGGACAAAGGACUGCUGCUGCCAGGUUGCCACGUGUACUGGCCGGCAGGUUCCCCGCCUUCCGCCGCCAGUCCGAAGGUACCCAAAGGAGCCCUGGCUUUCUUCAACGCCUCGCAGGCAGUCCCCGAUGGCUACCUCCCUGCCUCGCAGCUUCUGCAGAAGCCGGGCUUUCAGGCUGAGUUACUCAAGCUGUUGACCGUCCAGCCCGAGGACGAGCAGCUUACAUCGGCGGAGAUUUGGGCCAAGUUUGCCGACGUCUUUGUUCGCACUGGCCAUUUCUUCACCAACACCGCUGCUGUGCAGCAGUACCUCCGGGCCACCCUCGAGGACUUCUUGGCGGAUGGCGUCUCGCAUGUGGAGUUUCGAAUCGACCUCUUCCAUGACCAAGCCCACCUGUACGACCUGGACGGUCGUGAACAUCGAGGAGUCGACAAAGUCGACGUGUACAGCCGCAUCGUCUCUGAGAUGCAGAAGUCUGCACCGCAUCUCACUGCGAAGAUGAUCGCCUCAAGCUUUCGGAUGCGGCCUCCCGAGGACAUGGAGAAGGACCUCACCUACGCCUUCGAGGUGAAGAAGCAGCGGCCUGACUUCAUCGUUGGCUGGGAUGCUCCGGGGGAGGAGGACAUCGGCCGCCCCACCUUGGAGUACGCCGCACAGUUGCUUCGAGUCCAGAACCUGUCGAAGGCCUACGGCGUUGACAUGCCGUUGAUGCUGCAUGAUGGGGAGAGCGACUGGUCGACCCUCAACACAGUGGACGCAGUCCUCCUGGGCGCGAAGCGCAUCGGACACGGAUUCAACAUCUUGAGCCAUCCCCUUCUCAUGGAGGAGGUGCGGAAGAGGGGGGUCGCCAUGGAGGUGUGUCCCAUCAGUAAUCAGGUCCUCCGCUACCUCACGGAUCUCCGCAUUCACCCAGGCGCCCGGAUGAUCGAGAAUGGCUUGCCCGUGACGCUCUCUUCCGACGACCCAGGCAUCUGGGGCGCGCGCGGGCUGAGCCACGACUUCUGGGAGGCCACGGUUGCGUGGCAGCUCAACACCCGCACAUUGAAAGCGCUGGCUCGCAACUCGUUGGAGUACAGCGGGCUGACGGGCGCGGAGAAGGAGGGCGCGCUGAGGAAUUGGGAGAAGGAUUGGGACCACUUCAUGGCGACGUGGAAAAGCCUCGUGUCGGAUGAGCAUCAAGUGUACGUCUGA